UACCUAUACUAUAAUAUUUUUUUUCGUUUUUGAAAGAUUUUUCGUUUAGAUUUUGGACAUGUUCUCAAAAAUGUCAUCUAUACAUUUGAAAGACUUUUACUUUUGAGUAGUAUUAUUUUAUUUUAUAUUUUUACAGUUUUUAUUUAUAUUUUUUACGAAAUAACAAAAUGCCUUUCGACUACUCAGAUCCAAGAUUACAGCUAUUCUUGACUGAAAGACGUGUUCAAGAUAAUCUACGUUGUAUGCGCUGGUUUCUUAAACAUAAAGAUGAAAUGAUUAGCGAUGCUGCAGUACACUCUGCAAAGAACAAACAUUAUACUGAAGAGCAGAUAAAAAAGACUGUAGUAGAAGCAAACAUUAAGGUCUUGAGUAACCAGCAUGCGUUUAGUAGCCUUCAUCGAAGAAAGCGUGUGUUAACUGAUUCGGCGGACGCCACUGCUUUGAAUCAAUUCCUCAUGAAAGCAGUUGUGCCUUCUGUCAUGAAGCCCGUGGACGUGAAACAUUCUAGAAUUCUUUAUAAGCAACUAGCAUCUGGUGGUGGCCGUAAAGCUUAUCUCAAUGCUAGAAAAUAUAAGUUACCAGAACAAAAAUAUCAUGACUGUGUAACUACUAGCAGCGUCUAUGGAUGGGCAUUAAAAGAAAGUCUUGUAGGAUGUAGCGCGCCAAAGUUUAGACGCUAUGCCACAUUCGCCCGUGAACUACUGAAUUCAGGAGUUCACAUGGAUCCACCUCAUUACGAACCACCAGCGGAAAGGUUUUACAAGAAAUGCAUUGGAUUCGAAUAG